GGUAGUGAAUAGCAAAGCUCCUAAUCGUUUUUCUUCCGCUGUUGUCUUAGUACUGAAUCUCGUUUUAAUUAAAAAAAAAAGAUUGUUUUGUUAUUUUGAGUUCGGGAUAUCGCCAGAGGACUUGAGCAUAUGAAUCAUGUUGGUGCCCAUUUUUACUCUCAAACUGAGCCAUAAAAUAAACCCUCGCAUGGUGACUAUAGGAAAAUUUGAUGGCGUCCACCCAUGCCUCACUGCAGCCACACAAGCUGGAAAGGUUUUUAUCCACAACCCUCACACUCGUGCUCAAAGACCUGCGUCUCACCGUCUGAGCCAAAGCACACAGGAUUCAGACGUCUCUCUGCUCAACAUCAACCAGGCAGUCACAUGUCUGACUGCAGGCACACUGGGACUAGACACCACUGGUGACACACUGCUGGUGGGAUCUCAGACCAACCUGCUGGCCUAUGAUGUCCAUGACAACGUAGACAUAUUCUACAAAGAGGUGUCCGAUGGGGCCAACGCUAUAGUGCUAGGGAAGCUAGGGGACAUACCGAAUCCUCUUUCCAUCAUUGGCGGCAACUGUGCCAUACAAGGCUUUGACUCUCAUGGCAAUGACCACUUCUGGACUGUAACUGGAGAUAAUGUGAGAUCCCUUGUGCUUUGUGACUUUACUGGAGAUGGCAAAAAUGAGCUCCUGGUUGGAUCUGAAGAUUUUGACAUCAGGGUUUUCAAAGAGGAUGAACUUGUGUGUGAGAUGACUGAAAAUGAGACAGUAACGUCACUGUGUCACAUGCACAGUCGCAGGUUUGGUUACGCCUUGGCUAAUGGCACUGUAGGAGUGUACGAUGGCAGUGCUCGCUACUGGAGGAUCAAGUCUAAAAAUCACGCUAUGAGCAUCCACGCCUUUGACUUGGAUGCUGAUGGAGUCGUGGAGCUCAUCGCUGGCUGGUCCAACGGAAAGAUUGAUGCACGAAGCGACCGCACAGGCGAAGUCAUUUUCAGAGACCACUUCUCCUCUUCUAUGGCUGGAGUAGUGGAAGGAGACUACAGGUUGGAUGGACAGAAACAACUUAUCGCCGCCUCUGUCGAAGGAGAAGUUCGUGGUUACCUGCCUGCUGCAAAAGAGCUGAAAGGGAAUCUCAUGGACUCCAGCGCUGAACAGGAUCUCAUUCGAGAGCUCAGUCAUCGCAGACAGAACCUGCUGCUGGAGCUCCGCAACUAUGAAGAGAAUACUAAAGGUGAGUCAGACGGCACAGAAGGGAUUCCCGCCAAUACUCAGAUCCAAGCUGCACUCUCAGUGAGAGCCGCAACUGAAGUCCAGAAAGGCCAUGUGGAGCUCAGCAUCGCAACUCCAAAUGAAACCAUAAUCCGAGCGGUGCUCAUAUUUGCAGAGGGCAUUUUUGAGGGCGAAAGUCAUGUUGUUCAUCCUAGCGUCCAGAACCUGUCAAGUUGUGUUCGAAUCCCGAUCAUCCCUCCGAAAGAUAUACCAGUAGAUCUGCAUAUCAAGGCCUUUGUUGGUGGGAAAACUAGCACCCAGUUCCACGUGUUUGAAAUCACUCGACAGCUACCACGUUUCUCCAUGUAUGACAUCAUGGUGGACCCCUCUGAUGCUCCUCCCAGUGGAAGUGUGACUUUCACCAUCAACGAGCGGCCACAGCGGGUUGUAAUGUGGCUGAACCAAAACUUCUUGCUUACAGAGGGUGUAGAUAGUCCUGAUGUUACUUUUAGUUCAUUGAGGGGAGGUGGACUGUUAUCCUUCAGCAUGGCCAGUAAUGGACAGGUUACUCUGAGAACAGAUGAUAUUGACCUGGCAGGAGAUCUGAUCCAAUCAUUGGCGUCUUUCCUGGCAAUAGAGGAACUAUCAGUGGAGGCUGAUUUCCCAGCAUACUUUGAGGAGCUUCAGACGACACUCACUGAGGUGGAUGAGUUCCACGCUGUGCAUCAAAAAUUAACUGCGGAAAUGGCUGACCACUCCAACUACAUCAAGAACAUGCUGGUGCAAGCGGAGGACGCUCGUUUGAUGGGUGACAUGACAAUUAUGAAGAAACGCUACAGAGAACUAUACAAUCUAAACAGAGAUCUUGUCAACGAGUAUAAAAUCCGCUCUAAUAACCACAAUGCUUUGCUGACUUGCCUCAAGUCUGUCAACCAGGCUAUCCAGCGAGCCGGUCGACUCCGAGUGGGUAAACCCAAGAAUCAAGUGAUCUCAGCAUGUCGGGACGCCAUCAAGAGCAAUAAUGUCAACGCACUCUUCAGGGUCAUGAGAGCAGGUGUGGCCACCUCCUGAAAGUGGAGCACAGAAGGAGAAGACAGAUGAUCACCUUUUUUAUUCGACUUUUUCAGAAUAAGGAAAAUACACAGAAAUUAUUUGGGGGAGUGUCGACAAACAACACAGAUGCGUUUACUGUUCUGGAAACUUGAACAUGCACUAGAGUGGAUUACGUGGGGUCCACAGAUGAGUGAAUUUCUUGUCUUUUUAGUCUAGCGGCAUAUUUUAACAAAGUACUGUAGCUUGUGAAACAGCUACUAUAUUACUCUGUGUAGACACUUCACCUGACAUAUAUUGCAGAACUAGCGUUUUUGACUCGUCUCCUUGGACCAGUGCAGGGAUUCGAACAUCAAUAAAAAUGAAAUUUUCAAGAUUAAACACAAAUAAUACACAAAUAACCACCAAAAGUACUUACUUGUUCAUAUAAUGCACACAGAGCAAUGAACAACAUGCUCUGUAUGCUUUCUAACUUUGUUGUCCUUAUGCCGUGAGGCACUCAGGUGCACUCGUAAUUGUGAGUGUUAGGUGCUAAUUGUUUUUCGUGACAAUUGGUGUACCUCUGGGGGUACACGUACCCCACUUUGGGAAACUAGGUCCUAUCAUUCAUUAAUUCAUUUUCUACUGCUUGUCCUCACAAGGGUCACGGGGGGUGCUGGAGCCUAUCCCAGCUGUCUUCGGGCGAGAGGCGUGUUACGCUCUGGACUGGUCGCCAGCCAAUCACAGGGCACAUAUAGACAAACAACCAUUAACCUAGCAUGUUUUUGGAAUACAUGGGAAAACCCACGCAUGCACGGGGAGAACAUGCAAACUCCACACAGAGAUGGCCGAGGGUGGAAUCGAACUCCGGUCUCCUAGCUGUGAGGCCAGAGUGCUAACCACUUGUCCACCGUGCAGCCCUGAAUUAUAAUGUUAAUGUUAUAAUAGACAAACAACCAUUCACACUCACAUUCAUACCUAUGGACAAUUUGGAGUCGCUAAUUAACCUAGCAUGUUUUUGGAAUGUGGGAAGAAACCGGAAUACCCGGAGAAAACCCACACAUGCACGGGGAGAACAUGCAAACUCCACACAGAGAUGGCCGAGGGUGGAAUUGAACACGCGUCUCCUAGCUGUGAGGUCUGUGCACUAACCACACGACCGUCGUGCAGCCUAGGUCCUAUCAGAUUCCUCAAAAUACACCAGUGUACUUCUUUACAGCCACUAGGGGGCAUAGUUUCACUGUAUCUGGAUUAUAAGACUAUACUGUGAGCAAUAAUCAUCAUGGCAUUCUUUAGCAUUUGGGCUUGGUGACAAUAUGCAUUAGUAGUCACAUGUUUUUAUUGCACUUUACAAUUUGUGUUUUUGCAAUGACAACAAGGCCAUAACAUUUAUGAGGGGAAUAUACAUUUAUAUAUAUAUAUAUGACAGUUAACAUGGGUUUUAAAAGUUAUUAGUUAGCUAAGCUACAUUCAACUGUACUUUGUGCCAGGUACCUUCUGCUGAGUCAGUAACAUUAUGAAAAGCAGCCCCCAUUCUCACGCAGGGCUGCAUUAGUUGUGUAUGACUCACAGAUGGUGAAAGUGUGUGUUAGUAGCCAAAGAAAACAGCAUAAAUGUUUUGUUUUUUUUUGCUUUGUUAUCGUCUUUUUGUGAUUGUGGAAGACUAUAAUUAAACGAACCAGUGUUUUAAG